AUGUCUCGCCCAGAAUCUUCCACCACCGCUCAGAAUGGCACCACUACCGCUACCACUACUGCCCUUACCCAGAGCAAUGUCAGCCAGGUCCCACGCGCAAUUCACAGCAGCGUUGACCGAUUUGCCCGGGCUUCAGCUUCGGAGGGGCCAUACUACGCUGGUGCAGCUGCUGCGGAGCGAUCCACUCAUCUUGCUGGGCUAGCAAGCCAAGUCAACGCUUUGGAUGAGAUCAUGAAGAGCCGAAAGUAG